AGCAACUCGUUCUUUCAGGCUGCAACCGUAGCGGUGUGAACAUCGAUUAAGCGCCGUUAUCGGUCCACCUUGUGGCCCGUGAGCUUGUCCAGCAACAAUGGACCACAGCGGCACCGUACCAUAUUCCUGAUCAAGUGGCCUAAUGGCAUCUUUUGCAAUCGCAGAAAAAAACAGUGUGGUGAAAAUGGAUAAAGUGAAAUGAACAACAAACAGAAACAUCUACAACAUAAAACAUAAGUGAAAAACAACAGCAAUGAUAGUGAUAAAAGUGAAAAUAAAAAUGUGUAGCUACCGAUCAUAAACGUGAGGAGGAGAGAAAAAAACAGCAGGAUUUCAAGUGUCAGAAGUGGAGCAGAAACAAUCGGUGCAAAAUGGGGAACCUCUGCGCCCUGUCGAAAAAGGACAAGGACAAUGUUUCGACAAAAUCGGAAUCGCCAUCGUAUCAAUUGGCGGAUAAGAGUAAAGCCAAAGCCAACGAUUCAAAGGGAGCGCCCUUAGCGGCGCCAGAAGUUACGUCAGAUGGAUCGGGCACAGGACCGGUAUCGAACAACUCAACCACCAGUGGCACUGCUGAGACCGCCAAGCCGCAACAGAAGAUGCUGCAAAACAUCCAGUCUAUCACACUAUCAGAUUCUACUUCCAACAGCCCUAUGGCCGCAUCGCCUCCAUGUGACAUCCCGCCCUUUUAUCAACAUCUGCCACCUACCUUGACACCAUUGUACGGAAAGCCAAGCAACAGCCGGCGCACGGAUAAAUAUAAAAAAAUUGUCCUAUACAUAUUGGCAGCGGACGAUGGGCAUCAGGCGGAGAAGAACGUUCUGCGGGAUGUGUACAAGGGUUUGAACCAGAGAUGCCAAAGCCGCGGGUUCGAGUUGCACGUGUCCGACCUGCAUGUUAUGCAGACGAAGGGCAGCAGCUUGAACGUAACCACGUGGACCAGUGGGCCGCUAGAGGCCCAAGGUGGCCACCAGCUGGCGGCAAACUGUUUAGCGGAAAUUACGCGCCAAUCGUGCGACUCGUAUCUGAUACCUGUGUUGUUUUUGAGCAACACCAUCGGAGAUCCGCUGCUUCCGCUGACGAUCGAAAGUCAGGACUUUGCAGCUGUGCAGCAGAUGGCCGAGAAGAAUCCACAGGAUCGCGCCAUUCUGGAUAAGUGGUAUACUUUGGAUGACAAAUCGCAGCCGCCGUGCUACCGGUUGAAUGCCAAAAAUAACUCUAAUCUCACGGCGGAAGAGUCGGAAAAAGAGCUGUCAAUGCUUCUGAACAUCUUGGUAGAUCUUUUCUCCAGAGAGCUGAGAGACUCGUAUUUAACAACAGUUGUGGAACAGGAAAUCAACAACACUGUGCUUAUCAGUCAGGAGCUUUCCAAACGAUGUGUUUGGAUCCAGAAUUGUGUCGCUCCGCCAAAAGCGACAGAAAAUUCAUCAUCGUUAGAAGUGGAAAUGAUCCGAAGAUUGAACAAUAUUCAAAACGAUUUGAAGUUUCAUCUCGUGGACAAGCACAUAUUCCGCAUCCCGCCAACCCUCACCCAACAACAGGAACAAUUCGCUGCUAUGCUGGACAACUGCCUUGGCACUCUGAUAGAUGGUGUAAUUGAAGAGCACGCGAAGAAAUAUUCGAUCCCGCUGUGCACUUUCGGCGCUGAUCGGAGGCUCCUGGGCGAAAUCGAGGAAGUGAAUCGUCAUUCGCGGAUCCUGAACGUAAACUGUGCCACCUUCUCCGUCACCGAUCGGGUGAAAUCCUAUCUUACCAGCAACAGUCAGAAACCGCUGGUAAUCUACGGGAAAACUGGCGCCGGAAAGAGCGUUCUGAUGGCAAAAAUCUCGCAGAAUAUUCACACUUGGUUGCCUGAAUGCUAUCUUGUGUUGAGGUACGUAAACUUAACAACCAUGACCUCCGACGUAACUUCGCUUCUAGGAUCCAUCACGGAACAGGUAUCAGUACUCGUGAAAGGAGCCCCACCUAGAUGUGCCCAUACAAUUGCAUCGUAUUCGGAAACACUGAAACAAACCAUCGAGAACACCAAGCAGCGAAUCGUUAUCUUGAUUGACUCGGUUGAUAGUUUGCGGGAUGUGGACGAUUUAAAGUGGUUACCACUGGAGCUUCUGGAAAAUGUGAAAUUGGUUCUAACAGUAUCAUCUAGCAGCACGUGCCAAGAUUUCAGUCAACUAGGUGCCGAGGAAACGGCUCUGAAAGGCUUGAAGGAAAAGAUUGGUGACGCCGACAGUUUCCUAUAUCUGACACCCUUCACACAGGCGCAAUGGGAAGAUGUUCUGUGCUUUGGUGGUGGUGACAUUUACUCGGCAAACGGCGCUCUACAGCUUCCUGAAAGUUGGAAAAAGUCUAAGGAGAAUGAAAAAAUCUCCGUUCAGGCAAAGAUCUUGUGGUGGCUUGCGUGGCUUGGAAUGACUGAUCUAACGAACACCUCAGUGACCCAUAUUAGCGAAAAGGUGUUCGUGAUUCUCGAGGAACGGUUUACUAGGGACAUUACAAGCCUCGUCGUUGCAUCACUGCUUGCUGCUCGGGAAGGAUUGCUGGAAACUGAAAUUAUUACGCUUAUUAGAAAUGCGAAUUUAGUUAAGGGAUCCACAACCAAAUUUUGGGCACAUUUCUGCUGGAACAUGGGACCAUUACUUUUGCAUAAUAAGAACAUCAUAAUAGUGGACAGAACACUCAGAGAGGUUGCAAAAAAACGUUAUGAGAAGGAGAUUGAAGAAGCGCACAAAAUUCUUUACAACUAUUUCGAAAAGCAGCCAAACUGCUACGUGGACAAAAAGAACAGGAGCUGUUUUAACGACCGAAAACUAGUUGAACUCCCAUACCAUAAAUAUAAAAUGGAUGCUGACGAAAAGAAGUUCGCGAGCUCCAGGUACCUGACCGAUCUGACAUGGAUGCAAGAGAAACUACACGCCACCGGUUGUGUUCAUAUGUUAAAUGACGUUUGUCUAGUAAAUUUAGCCGACAGUAAUAGUGAACCAGCGUUCGACCAUCUGGUGUUGCUAAAGGAGUUCUUCGAGACCUAUUUCAGGGCGUUGAAUUAUGGUGCUCAACAGCUGUACUCUUUGCUCUACGAGUUCAUCGGCGAGAAAACAAGAAGUGAAGGAUCAACAUUGGUGAAAAAUGAAACACUGCGAAAGUGGAAAGAGUGCAUCGAUUCUGGCACAGUACCUUUUCUACGGAACGUGGAACUCAGCGAGGCCACACUGACGAAGGGAAACGAAGAAAAGACAGACACGGAGUCGAAAAAGUCUGUCGAGGGUUACGAUCUGAUAAUGAACUUGAGUACGGAAGGGUACUUUGUCAUCUCAUUAAGUACAUCACGGGAAGAGAUUUGCGUCUGGGACGUGUCCAGAUGCUGCAAAGUGCGCACCUUAACAGGAGUACCUCAGCCGACCGCAAUCUGCCCUGUGGGAGACUACGGGGUGGCAGUGUUGUGCAGACGGGAGAUCAGAAUCGUCGAUCUGGACGAGGGAAAGUUUAAGGUCACUCUCAAAGGAGUAAUGAACCAGAAGAUGCCAUACUUUGGUUUGCACGAUCCGUCCCACCUUGUGUGUCUGUCCCGGAAUCGGAUGUACGUCAAUUUGAUGAAUAUCGAUUCGGGUGACUGUGUCACUACGUUCAAGGCCGGGGAGGAUAGGUUCCUGAAUUCGCUGCUAGUUUCAGGGGACGGAAGGAUUCUGGUCUGCGGCGAUGAGACCCAGAAACCAUUCCCGCUCCUCGUUUGGCACUUGUCGCAGAAAAAGUUAAUGUAUGAUCUGAGAAUACCGCACCAUGAUUUCAUAACGUCACUUUCUGCGAUUACACACGAGGGAUCCUACGUGUGUGUUGUUGCCAAAGAACUAGCCGAACCCAAUCCGAAUUUCAUCGUAGUGUAUGACUUACAAAGUGGGACUUUGUUCAAGAAGUGGAAACCACCGUGCAAUACGGUAUCAUUAGCCAUCUCCCAAACGAACACGUGUGUUAUCGCCGGAUUGGAGGACGCAUGCAUCGCGAUAUGGGACUUGGUCACAGAUUUGAAUUCAUCAACAGGAAACUGCCGCUGUAUGCUCACGGGCCACAAUGCACCUGUGACGCUAUUGAAGCUAGAUCCGUCCGGAAAGAUAUUGCUUUCUGGAGACAGAGAAGGUCGAGACUUAUCAGUUCGACUUUGGGAGCUAGACAGCGGUAAAUUGUUGGCGGUGUAUACACCACCCGAGAAAAUUACCGCAUGCGAGAUACUGAAUGGUGGACAAUAUCUCGCUGUAGCGUUAGAGAAUAGAGCUAAUAUUAUUACUUUAAGCCUAUCAGGAGUACAGAACGUACAAGAUCCCGGGACAAAUGCGGAAGCAGUUAGCUACGGAAAGGUAGAAAACUGUGGAAUGGUCUUCGACCUAAAGCAGUGAACGGCGUAUCAUUAGAACUAUAACAUUUCUUUUACAUCUAAAAUCAAAUCCUAAUUCUAGAAUUGGUGGAAACAGUUGCUCGAUGAUGCAAUUGUUCCCGAUUUGCUUAACGCUAUCUACAUCAUUUAUCAUACAUCGAUUUCACGACAAGUGAAGUUUGAUUGACAACUAAUUAAUAAUUUUUAAAACAUAAGGCAAGGUUGAAUUGCUUAAUUCAGCGUAUCGACUGUUUUCGGUCGAUUUUUUUGGCAAAUCAUCCUAAAUUAUUAAUUCAUAACAUUUCAAUAUUACACCAUAAAUAAUCAUACAUCAUAUAUCAUGAAUCGAUUUCACGAAGGACAACAAGGACGUGUGUCGAUUCGAGCCAGAUUAGUAAUUUCCAUUGGAUAGGGCAAGAUUGAAUUUUUGUUUUCAACUUAGCUUAUUGACCGUUGUUGGUUGAUAUCAUGGAUUAUUAAUUUAUAACCAUUCUCAUUCAUUUUAUAGUUGUAUACGACUAGCUUGUAGCAGUAGACUAGAAUUUCAUUAGGAUUAGAGGAGCGACUUAUUUAUCUGUCCUCUACAGUGCAUGUGUAGAGGCGAUGCAAGUGUAACGCCCGUCUAACAUUAGUAGUAUGUUUGCAUUGCUUUCGGUUUUGUAUUGGAACAUUUGUUUCCGUUCGAGGUAAUAUAUAUUAGUUGUGUGGUGUGAACAA